ACGCUGACAGCACAGAGCCUGCUUGGGAUUCUCUCCCUCCCUUUCUGCACUUCCCCCACUUGCUCUAUCUCUCAAAAUAAAUAAAUAAACUUAAAAAAAUGUAGAUAAGCUUAAACUGAAUUACAGCUUGCCAGUAUACUAGCUAAGUGACGUUGGUCAGGUAACUUCUCAGGUCCAAUAGUCUUUGUGAAAUGGUGAUCAGGUCUACCUUGAAGUGUUGUGAACAAUAACUUACAUAAAUACUGGAAAUUACAACAAUUAUUAUGACAGUUAUUCUGCAUAAGCAAUUGCACCAUGGCACAGGAAUCUAAAAAUGCAGUAUGUAGAGUAAUUGAUUGAUUUGAAGAAACUAAGAGGCUAUUUGCGGCAUUUCCACCAUCCCACUCCAAUUUCUGCCCCUCCUCCCGGGUGCUGGUAGUGUCACUAUGGCAACGACCACGCGCUGCCGCUGCCGUAGGCUCCGUUCUCUGGCGGUUACCGAACUCCGCCACCACCCCACUCUCCGCAGACCAGCGACUGCACCGCGCGUCCCGACCACCUGGUCUCCCCUGGCUCGAAGGCCAGGAGCCACGGGGCAGGAUGGCCAAGGCGGGAGCCUCUUCGUCGCUGGAGGACUUGGACCUGAGCGGAGAAGAGGUCCAGCGGCUCACCUCCGCCUUCCAGGACCCGGAGUUCCGGCGAAUGUUCUCCGAGUACGCAGAAGAGCUCACAGACCCCGAGAACCGGCGGCGCUACGAGGAGGAAAUCACCGCGCUAGAGCGUGAACGUGGAGUGGAUGUGCGGUUCGUACACCCGCAACCUGGCCACGUGCUGCGCACUAGCCUCGACGGGGCGCAGCGCUGCUUCGUGAACGUGUGCAGUAACGCACUGGUGGGCGCGCCCAGCAGCCGACCCGGCCCUGGGGGCGCGGCGACCGGCAGCCAGUGGUCCCUGCCCUACAGCCUGGCUCCCGGCCGCGAGUACGCGGGGGGCCGAGGCACCCGCUACACUGUCUACGACGUAGUCUUCCACCCAGACGCGCUCACGCUAGCCCGGCGCCACGAGCGCUUCCGCCAGAUGCUGGACGCCACGGCCCUGGAAGCCAUCGAGAAGCAGUUCGGCGUGAAGUUAGACCGCAGGAAUGCCAAGACUCUGAAGAUCAGGUACAAAGGGACUCCGGAGGCCGCCGUCCUGCGCACACCCCUGCCCGGGGGUGUCCCGGCCCGGCCCGAAGGGGAGCCGGAGAGCCCUCUCCCCGAUUUCCCCUACCCCUACCGGUGCCCGGCGGUGGCCGGGAACUCUGUGGUCCCCCAGACCCAGGCGCCCUCCCCUCCGGAGGCGGUCCUGCAGCCCGCCCCCACAGAACCUCGCUACAGCGUGGUGCAGCGCCACCACGUGGACCUCCAGGAUUACCGCUGUUCCCGGGAUUCGGCCCCCAGUCCGGUGCCCCGGGAGCUGGUGGUCACCAUCGAGCUGCCGCUGUUGCGCUCGGCCGAGCAGGCGGCGCUGGAGGUGACGGGAAAGCGGCUGUGCCUUGAUUCAAGGAAGCCUGACUACCGGCUGCGGCUCUCGCUCCCGUACCCGGUGGACGACAGCCGCGGCAAGGCGCAGUUCAACAAGGCCCGGCGACAGCUGGUGGUCACGCUUCCCGUGGCACUACCCCCAGCGCGCCAGAAACCCACGGCGGAGCCGGAAGAGCCCGUCUACGCACCCGGAACUGACGGCGCGGCGUGCCCUUCCGCUCGCGAGGGGGAGGCGGGCCCGGCAGGGGGUUGUGCCGGGAUUGGCGGCCGGGAACCCAGGCUCCCUGGCGCUGCGGAUGUACAGAGCACUAAUCAGGCCGCCGCUGUGGAGGAGCUUGUCUCCCAGCCCGAGGAGCGGGACUUGGACGAGCAAGCUGUGUGGACAACGGGCAUCGAGGAGGAGCCGCCUUCCGUAGCAGGGAGCUCACCUGGGGACGGUGGAGGAGGCUCCCCUUGUACUUCAUCUGGGGACCUUGACAGGGGGUCUUCUGCAGGAAGAGGGAGUGCGCGGGGAGGUCUCAGUGUUGAGACGCGCGUGAUCGGGGAAGGUGUUCCAUCUGAUCGAGCCAUGGGUCGUCCCGGGACGGGCAGCAGGGAACCAUUGUGUCCUCCUUUGCAGUGUAAUCAGGAUGAAGAAUCCCUGACUCUGCUAAUUCAAGUGCCUCGGAUCCAACCGCAAAGCCUUCAAGGGGAUGUGAGCCCCUUCCGGUACAAAUUGUGCUUCUCCACCCAAGACUUAGUUUAUUAUUCUUUCUUUUUGCAAUUCGCUCCAGAGAAUAAAUUGAAUACCAAAGAACCUGUGGUUAGUAUUUCUUCAAACAAUGCAGUGAUAGAACUGGCCAAAUCUCCAGAAUGCCAUGGACAUUGGAGAGAGUGGUAUUAUGGUUUAAACAAAGAUUCUUUGGAGGAAAAGCUGUUUGUCAAUGAAGAAAAUGUUAAUGAGGUACUUGAAGAGGAGGUCCUGAGCUCUCCAUUUAAACAGACAAUGUCCUUAACCCCACCAUUAAUUGAAGUUCUUCAGGUUACUGAUAGUAAGAUUCAGAUUCAUGCAAAGUUGCAAGAAUGUAGUAACUCUGAGCAGCUUCAUGAAAAGGAAGAAAAAGUCAAUGAAGGAAGUCCUGUAACUGAAAAAGAAAAUAUAGAACAUCCUACCGCCUCAACAACUGAUUCUGAUUCAUCUGUGGCAGUUAAAGUACUAGAAACAGACGGUUGUGGUUCAGUUGUAUGCUUGCAACAAGAGUCUCUUGAUGUUUCUCACAUGUUAUUUGGAAAGUCUCAGCAACCUGAGUCAAAAAUGGAACCUGAAUUUAUAAAAGAAGAAAGUCCCGUUUACUCAAAUGAGGAAAAAGAUAAUUUAAAAGAACCAGUGAUAACAGAAGAGAAAGAAUUACAUGGAGACCAUCAAUCAUUACUAAACGAAACAACAGUUCACAAUUUACCUGGUCUUGACAACAUAAAAGAAACCAAUAUGCAGGAUGGUAGUGUGCAGUUUAUUAAAGAUCAUGUGACUCAAUGUGCAUUCAGUUUUCAUAAUUCUUUGCUGUAUGACUUGGAUUAAUUCUAUAUAAUUUUAGAAUUUAAAAGUUAAGAGUAAAGUUUUUUGGACUUAGAUUAUUUUUCUGUUAACUAUUAUUGUAAAACAAAGUACUUAAGAAAGUAUAAAAUUAAAAUUUUCAAUUUUGAUUCUAAUGGGGAAACUGGCCAUAUUGUUUGCAUGUAUAAUUUAUACAGAGUUUCCUUAAUUAUGGUGAUUUUUGUGAUUCCUCUGAUAGAUGUGUACUUUUUCUAAUGGAGGGUUAUUAAACAUAUAGUUUUAAUACAACCUGUAUAUAUUUGCUUCUGUUUGUUUUUGGCUUCUUUACCAUAACUUUUAAUAAAGUUUUAAAGUAAAUAUUCA